AAUGAAUACUGCAAUAUAAUAAUUGAUACUGAUGAUACUAACUAGUAUCAGUUAUGAAAGUACUAUAGAAGUGUGGACAUUGCGGUUCCAUUCCUCCUGCAUCCCUGUCACCACUGAAUUAUAUUCUUCCGUUAUGGGGGCUUCCUCGGGUGACGGUCCGUUUAAUGACCGGGGUGUAACUGCCAAUGAUGGAUCCCGCGGGAAACUACCGGUAAAUAUUUUUACCUAGAUCUAAUUCCCGGCGUUGGUUUCCUGGUUUCCUGUCAGCCGAGAUAGAUGCGUAGUGGCUGUCUCGUCGGUAAUGGCUGUGUGGCAGGCAUCUUAUCGCCAUCAGAGGCCUAAGCAUGCUCGUCACGA